AUGCCAGCUGGAGUUUCAUGGGGCGAGUAUUUGAAAUUUCUUUCAUGCGCGUUAGUAACCAUGUUUGCUGGCUCACAAGCUGUACAUCUCUAUUAUAAACCGCUUAAAGAUUUAAAUGCUUAUAUAAGAGAAGAAUUAAAAAAAGAUCCUUCUAUCGAUCCAAAACUAAUACUGCAGUCGCUGGAAAAUGAAAAUAACAAAACCUAGAGUUGUUAUAAAAAUUAAGUAGUGAAAUAAAAUGAAGACGUUUUAGUUAUUUAUAAAAA